CAUCCCGGGUAUGGCGUCCCCACGGGAAUUGACUCAGAACCCCUUGAAGAAGAUCUGGAUGCCCUACAGCAAUGGGCGACCCGCUCUGCACGCCUGCCAGCGCGGUGGACAGUGAUGCUAGGCUGCUUUAUUUUAAAGAGUACUCCCUUCCCCAGCCUGCCUCAAGGAAGUAGGAGCACGUGCAGUUCAGGAAUCAGUUCUGGAACCCACUCAGGACUUGUGGCUGCCCCUGAGGUGACACCGCCAGAAAGUCAUCCCUGUGUUGCACUAGGCUUAUGUCGGGCCUCUUGACUCCUGGGGCUCCUAAGGCCUUAAGCAAAUUUAUAGGAAAAGAAAUCAGCGAGUUUGCAUGACCAACUGCCCAACGCUCAUUGUCAUGGUAGGCCUGCCCGCCAGGGGCAAGACCUACAUCUCCAAGAAGCUGACUCGCUACCUGAACUGGAUUGGCGUGCCAACACGCGAAUUCAACGUUGGCCAGUACCGCCGGGACAUGGUCAAGACAUACAAGUCUUUUGAGUUUUUCCUUCCAGACAACGAAGAGGGCCUGAAAAUCAGGAAGCAGUGUGCCCUGGCGGCCCUCCGUGAUGUCCGGCGGUUCCUCAGUGAGGAGGGGGGACAUGUGGCGGUUUUUGAUGCAACGAAUACCACCCGAGAACGGAGAGCGACCAUCUUUAAUUUUGGGGAACAGAAUGGCUACAAGACCUUUUUUGUGGAGUCCAUCUGUGUGGAUCCUGAGGUCAUAGCCGCUAACAUCGUGCAAGUGAAACUCGGCAGCCCCGAUUAUGUGAACCAUGAUAGUGAUAAGGCCACGGAGGAUUUCAUGAGGCGCAUUGAAUGCUAUGAGAAUUCAUAUGAGUCAUUGGAUGAGGACCUGGACAGGGAUCUGUCCUACAUCAAGAUCAUGGACGUGGGACAGAGCUACGUGGUGAACCGUGUGGCUGACCACAUCCAGAGCCGUAUUGUAUAUUACCUCAUGAACAUCCAUGUGACCCCCCGCUCCAUCUACCUCUGCCGACAUGGGGAGAGUGAGCUCAACCUCAAGGGCCGGAUUGGCGGGGACCCAGGACUGUCCCCUCGGGGCAGGGAGUUUGCCAAGAGUCUGGCCCAGUUCAUCAGUGAUCAGAACAUCAAGGACUUGAAGGUCUGGACGAGCCAGAUGAAGAGAACAAUCCAGACAGCUGAGGCCCUGGGUGUGCCUUAUGAACAGUGGAAGGUCCUCAACGAGAUUGAUGCGGGCGUCUGUGAGGAAAUGACUUACGAGGAAAUUCAGGAUCAUUAUCCACUGGAGUUUGCCCUACGGGACCAGGACAAGUACCGGUACCGGUACCCCAAGGGGGAGUCUUACGAGGACCUGGUCCAGCGGCUCGAGCCUGUCAUCAUGGAGCUGGAGAGGCAAGAGAAUGUGCUGGUCAUCUGCCACCAGGCUGUGAUGCGCUGCCUCCUGGCCUACUUCCUGGAUAAGGCCGCAGAACAGCUGCCCUACCUCAAGUGUCCACUGCACACCGUCCUGAAGCUGACCCCUGUGGCUUACGGUUGUAAAGUGGAGUCGAUAUUCCUGAACGUGAUGGCUGUGAAUACGCACCGGGACAGGCCUCAGAAUGUAGAUAUCUCGAGGCCUCCAGAGGAAGCCCUCGUCACGGUCCCUGCUCACCAGUGACCAUGUCUCAUCCACUGCGACCCCCAGGCAGGUACUGAUCUCUGCAGAUGAGAUCAUUACAGGCCCCUGCUCCAUGUGACAGUUUCUAUGAUGGAUCAUCCUCAACACCACACCUGGUUGGUGGCACCCAGAGCCCCCGCACCAGCCCACCUGCUUCCUUGUUAAUGGCGACAGGGUUAUACGUGGUGCCUGACCUGCUGCUAAGAAUCAUUUGGCCAGACUGCGUCUGCCCUGGGCUGGUGAGAGGUUUCCUAGCAACCCGGUCCUUCUGUUGCAGCUGUGAGGUGUCCUCUCACCGGUCGGUUGGCUUUGUGAAGUGUGAAACCCUAAACAUGUGAACAGAAAGCACUUGCUGUGACGAUCCCACCACGGCCGAGCUGUCUGAGGUGGACCGGGGGCCCCCUGCAGGGGCUCCGCCGUCUCCUCUGUGGCCACUUCCUGAGCCUGAGGCAAGGUCUUCAUGGCAGCAUGAGCUCCACUGCUUUGGGUGAGAAAGAGCCCUUCCCAUCCUGCCCUGCCAGGACCCGUAGAGCCACUAAGGCAGGUACCUCCACUGGCUAGGCCACUUGUAUGAGCAGUGUGCUCACUUCACCAUGACAUGAUGUACAGAACACGCAGGGAACACAGCCUUUGUGGUCACCGCUUCUCAAUUGCGCACACACUGGAACAUUGGCAAGAGCUGAUGGCCAAGGCCACCCCUGCCCACCUGCUGCACAGUGAAAGCACGUAAAGACAGGGUGGUUGUGUGAGUUCUUCCCAGUGUACACCCAGGUGCUUGAGGGAGGGGCUGCUGUCCCCCUCCCCUCCUGGCCCUGCCUGCUAGGCUACCUCUUGCCUGUUGCCGCCUGUGUCCACACGGGAGUGUACCCCGGUGGCCGAGACAUGCAUUUGCUGUGAACGAUUCAGAGAAAAAAAAGCCUGUCCUGGCAUUCAUUGACCUCUGCCCGUGGGACUGAGCCGGGGAAAGGGCGGACUCCUGAGGCACCCUGUCCAGGGGAGGAUUUGCUCAGCCAUAUCGUAGCUUUUGAUUCACGUGUAUGGGAGCAUGGCAGAAAACGACCUCAGAAGGCUACCAUCUGUCAUGCCCCUGAGUUCUUUUGAGCCCAGAGAGGCAGGCUGGGCAGUGGGUUUGGGCUCCAUUUUAUAGCUGAGCAGGAGACCUGUCCAGCAAGUCGCAAGGCUGGGUGAGGAGGUGUCUGGACCUGUAGUCGGACUCCCCACCGUCCACAGGACCCAGGAUCCCAAGCCCACCUUGUACCCGGAACCUUCCUUGGCAGAACAACCCACCUUUCCCAGCCUUCCGGGGCUUUGCAGCCUGCAGGUGCCACCUGUCCCUGAGGGAAGUUCAUGUCCCUGCCCCAGCUGGCGGUCUGUCAGCCUUGGGUGCUGCAGUGGCUGUGGACAGACACGGUGAAGGGCUGGGGCAGGAUCUUCUGGACUUACCUCCUGCCAGAGCCCCAAGCCCUAGACUCAGGACCAGGGGACCAUGCCACUGCCUUUGGGACAUGAGGACCACAGCCUUUGUUUCUGUGUCCCCAGAGUCUUGGGUGACUCGGUCACUUGGACACACUCACUUUUUGGCCAUAGUGGGUCUCUUUUGUUGGUGGCACCUAUGUCUGGAUGUCCCCACUUCGCCAGGACCUCGAACUGGCUGAGGCAUGACCAGCGAGGCCUUUUCUCUGUGCCCAGAGGGCAGUCAGGAGCUGCCGGGCCCAAAGUGUCACAAGGCCUGGGAUAAGGCAGAAGGAAGCCUGGGGGCAUGGUGUGGGUUGGGGCCUUUCUUCUCUGCCUCUGCCCUGGAGUGGUCUCUGCAUGGUCAGCAACCCACUGGGUUGGCCACUGGUUCUAUCCAUGAUGGUGGAUGUGCUUGUGUUGAAGACACUUUCCCGUUCUUUUCAGAAUGGAGGUUGUUGGAUCUCAGCCACACAUUACACUGUGUCUAGCAUUCUUUGCAAUAAAUACUUUUUCUAAAAAAAUUGGGCACCUGACUGGCUCAGUUGGUAGAGUGUGCAGCUGUAUCUCGGGGCCGUGAGUUCAAGCCCCAUGUUGGGCCUAGAGCUUACUUUAAAAAAAAAUAAAAUAUAUAAGAAUCUAAGGUUGUAUCUUGUGACCAUCUCUCCAUUUGUGAGGUAUUUCCGGCUGGCUCUGCACACUCCCAUGUUGUAGUCUCUCGUAGGUCUGUGUUGGGGUCCUUGGUCCAGCUCCCACCUCCAUGCCUACCCCUCUCUGGAGAGGAAACUGUCUUGCCCUGGAGUGUGCCCUGGGCCUGGUGCACAUGGGCAGGGACAGGGCCGAGUUUUCUCUGGGCCAACCUAGGGUUCUGGGUGCUCAUCCCUGAGCAGGAAGCAGAUGUGUGAGGGGGCAUUUGGAGCAGAGCACCAAUGAGGGGAAAUUAUGGAUCUCAAAUGUCGGCAUCCCUGGAGAGGGGAACCAGGGGCUGGAUGGAGGAUGGACGGAAGGUCUGCAUGAGGCUGUGGGUGGGGGAGUGUUGGCUAGUUCUGUUGUGUUUUCUUUGUCACCUACCUCUGGAUUGGGCAAGAUGAGAUGAGGGGCAGGGUUUUCCCUUUCUUAUGCCCCAGAAAAUCAAUGGACUUUCCAUACCUCUCGCCCUGGGGCUGGGCUGUUGGGAGGGCAGGGCUGCUCUUCAGUGGACAUGAUGGGGCUGGACAUGGCUAGGUGCCCAUCUGCACCUCUCUCGGUGUGUCAGGUUGGAGGUGGCUGUGGCUGGGCUGUUUCUGAGUGGUUUGGUGUUGCCAGUGGCUAUGGCUGUGCCUUACCCAGCUGUGUCAUGAUGGAUGACAAAACCCCCUGGGCAUCUUCCCCGAGUUCAGAGGGAUUCCAGCUGCAACGGUCCUCCUGGUAAGUGAAAUUAGGAGACAGCUUGAUGGUCCUCACCCUGUCUCUGGGCACUGAGUUCCUGGGUGAACACCUGACCUGAGAGGCCUCAGCACUUUUGGAAGAAGGUGUUAAAGAUUUUUAGCAACAAAGCAACAGCAGAAGGAAUGAGAUUUAACACUAUGAGAAUUUUUCUUCGGGUCCAGUGUUCUACCACAACCUAGAAAGAGCAAUUAUAUAUUGUCAUGUUGAAAAAUUUUGUAGCAUUUUGGAUUGCUAGAAAACAAUGACCAUGACUGGAUGUUAAGAUCAAGCGUAUUUGGAUAGAAAGAAAUGUUGCAAAGAUAUA